AACUGCACGUUUUUUUGCCCAGGUGACGUGGCAUGUGACGUGGCGCCCUUGUUCCCCCUAUAUAUAUCCGCUCCCCUUCCUCCCUGCUCUUCACCAUCAUCUCUCCUUCACAAAAUUACUUGUUCUACUAAUAUUCUAUUUUCUCUCUCUCUCUCUCUCAAACAAAACACAAACUUUCUCUCUCUAGAAAUCAAAUCAUUUGCAGUUCUCGUAGAAAUGGCGGUUGACUCGAUUCUGUCGUCUCCAUUGGGCCCUCCGGCAUGCGAAAAGGACGCAAAGGCCCUUCAAUUCAUCGAGGAGAUGACCCGCAACGCUGACUCCGUUCAGGAAAAUGUGCUGGCGCAAAUCCUUGCCCGCAAUGCCCAGACCGAGUAUCUAAAGAGCUUCAAUCUCGACGGAGCCACGGAUCGUCACACCUUCAAAUCCAAAAUCCCCAUGGUCACCUAUGAAGACCUCCAGCCCUUGAUCCAGAGAAUCGCCAACGGCGAUCGCUCUCCCAUUCUAUCUUCUCACCCCGUCUCUGAAUUCCUCACCAGCUCUGGAACUUCAGCUGGUGAGAGAAAACUCAUGCCGACUAUCAAAGAAGAAUUGGACCGUCGCCAGCUUCUCUACAGCCUUCUCAUGCCUGUUAUGAACCUAUACGUGAAUGGACUGGACAAAGGCAAAGGGCUCUACUUCUUGUUCAUCAAGUCCGAGACCAAGACUCCGGGUGGGCUCCUUGCCCGACCCGUCCUGACAAGCUACUACAAGAGCGACCACUUCAAGACCCGACCCCACGACCCGUACAAUAUCUACACAAGCCCCAACGAGGCCAUCCUCUGCCCCGACUCCUUCCAAAGCAUGUACACUCAGAUGCUGUGCGGCCUCUACGACCGCCACCAGGUCCUCCGCGUCGGCGCCGUCUUCGCCUCGGGACUCCUCCGCGCCAUCCGCUUCCUCCAGCUCAACUGGCAGCAGCUGGCCGACGACAUCAGGGCCGGGUCCCUCAACCCCAAAGUAACCGACCCGGCCAUCCGCGAGUGUAUGACCCGGAUUCUGAGACCCGACCCGGAGCUGGCGGAUUUUAUAGUGACGGAAUGCUCCAAGGACAACUGGGAGCGGAUCAUCACCAGAAUCUGGCCCAACACCAAAUAUCUGGACGUGAUCGUGACCGGCGCGAUGGCGCAGUACAUUCCGACGCUGGAUUUCUACAGCGGGGGGCUGCCGAAGGCGUGCACGAUGUACGCGUCCUCGGAGUGUUACUUCGGGCUGAACCUGAACCCGAUGUGCAAGCCGUCGGAGGUGUCGUACACCAUCAUGCCAAACAUGGCCUACUUCGAGUUCCUGCCGCACGAGCCGUCGUCCAACUCGGUGGAGCAGGCGCGGCUGGUAGACCUGGCGGAGGUGGAGGUCGGGAAGGAGUACGAGCUGGUGAUCACGACGUACGCGGGGCUGUACCGGUACCACGUGGGGGACAUCCUGCGGGUGACGGGGUACCACAACGCGGCGCCGCAGUUCCAGUUCGUGCGGCGGAAGAACGUGCUGCUGAGCAUCGACUCGGACAAGACGGACGAGGCGGAGCUGCAGUCGGCGGUGGACAGCGCGUCGGAGGUGCUGAGGGAAUACAACACGAGCGUGGUGGAGUACACGAGCUACGCGGACACGGCGACCAUCCCGGGGCACUACGUGGUGUACUGGGAGCUGCUGGGGAGCGAGGCGCCCGGGGACGGGGUGGUGGAGCGGUGCUGCCUGGCCAUGGAGGAGGCGCUCAACUCCGUGUACAGGCAGUGCCGGGUGGCGGAUGGGUCCAUCGGGGCGCUCGAGAUCCGGGUGGUGCGAAACGGCACGUUCGAGGAGCUCAUGGACUACGCCAUCUCGCGGGGCGCCUCGAUUAACCAAUACAAGGUGCCGCGCUGCGUCAGCUUCACGCCCAUCAUGGAGCUCCUCGACUCGCGAGUCGUCUCCGCCCACUUCAGCCCCUCCUUGCCGCACUGGGGCCCCCAACGCCGCCGGUAGGGAAUUAAUUCCACCGACCAUCGCAAGUCAAUGCCACCAAAGAUUCCUUAGUUUCUUUUCCAAUUAAUUUGGCUUUUCAUUUUUUUGUAAUUGUGAUUAGGUGUGUAAAGUAGAAAGCGAUCGAUGUUUGAAAGGGUAGGUCUUCUAUGGUUCAGUUAACCUUUGAAAAUGAUGUAAUAUUUUCAGCUGGGUUUCAUUCAAUGCACUGAACUUGUUUA